AUGGAUGUCCAACAUGUUGCCGAAAACAACGUCAGAAGAAAUAAUACACGUAAGAAUCGUUCAACACGAUGGGAUAAUCCGUCGACAUCGGCAAAAUUGAUGCAGAAUGCGAACAGACCUGAUGAUCUCAAUAAUACAUAUAACAAUAUUAAUUAUAAUACUGCAAAUACUACUACUACAGCAAUGAACAAUAAUAUUAGUAAGAUCACAGCCGCAUCAAUCCCUUUACCAAGCGGCCCACCUCUGCCACCAAUCUCACUUGAUAAUAUUCCUAUACCUAAUCGAUCCAGUGCACUAUCUGCUUCUAUAUCUUCGAUAAAUACAACGCCGUCAACAUCAUUUGCACUGAAUCUCGCACCACCUUUCGGUUUAGCGCCUCCGCUUGGAUUGUCGUCAGUUGCAAAUGCACAUCUCGGUCAGCUGCAACUUCCAUCGCAAAUGUUCCCGAAUAUUUUAAUGCAGCCAUCAUUUCCAGUCGGAGCGAUGAAUAACAUUCUGGCAGCAGGUAUCCUGGGAAAUGCGUCUUUGGGCUCAUCGAUAUCACAGGCGAAUAACCCUUUUGUUCUUGGUCAAAUGCCUAACCAGAACGCUCAUCUGACGCAACAAAUUGCCAACUUAACUUCAUUUCAAUCAAACGUAUCUAGUGCGCAACAGCAACGUCUACCACUAGCUGGUGUUCCUCCUCCGCCACCGUUAGCAAACAGACUUCCCGAGACGGAUGCAGCUUCUCUAGAACCGUUAGCCGAACGAAUUCGUCAACUGACCGAAGGGAACGUCAUUCAUCCAUUUGGUGAAAAUACGGUAUGCGGAAGUGGUAUGGUUGUAAAGCAGUGCAAAGAAGACGUGAAAGGAACUAAUGAAUGGGGUGGACGAAAGAGUGCGAGUGCUGAAGAAGAAGAACAAACAAUUGACAAAGAUGCAAAAGUACACAAGAAUGGACCAAUGUUCGACCAGGCUCGUCAGUUGCUCUCUGAAUCGCUCAAGAAGGCUUAUAAGAAGAAAAGAAUCACUAAGGAUGAGUACAAAGAAAUUAUGAAGAAAGGUGUGGCUGCAUUGUCGCAACGCACCAAACUGGAUGAGAAGAAAGUGGCCGAGUAUGCGAAUAAAUAUGUAGAAUAUAUGUUGGCGAAACGUGCAAAAAAAUAA